CCCCGAGUCGCCCCCUCUCCUCCCCCCGACCCCCCCGCUCCAUCCUCCGCCACCGCCCGAGCAGCUGCGGGGCCGCCGCCGCCGCCGCCUUUGCAGGCUGAGUCAUCACUAGAGAGUGGGAAGGGCGGCAGCAGCAGCAGCAGCAGCAGCAGCAGCAGCAGCAGCAGCAGCAGCAGCAAAGAAUCCAAACUAAAACUAAAGCUGACCUGCAAAGCACCCUUUCUCCAAGUUGGGGGCUCAGAGGGGAGCCAUCAUGAGCGAUGUUACCAUUGUGAAAGAAGGCUGGGUUCAGAAGAGGGAGUCCUCUUUGGUGGAACCUACAGGCGGAGAGGAAGCACAGGAUUCAUAAGAUGGCGGGCGGGAGAAUAUAUAAAAAAUUGGAGGCCAAGAUACUUCCUUCUGAAGACAGAUGGAUCAUUCAUAGGCUACAAGGAGAAACCUCAGGAUGUGGACUUACCUUAUCCCCUCAACAACUUCUCAGUGGCAAAAUGUCAGUUAAUGAAAACAGAACGACCAAAGCCAAAUACAUUUAUUAUCAGAUGUCUUCAGUGGACCACUGUUAUAGAGAGAACAUUUCAUGUAGAUACACCAGAAGAGAGAGAAGAAUGGACAGAAGCUAUCCAAGCCGUAGCCGACCGACUGCAGAGGCAAGAAGAGGAGAGGAUGAAUUGUAGUCCAACCUCACAGAUUGAUAAUAUAGGAGAGGAAGAGAUGGAUGCAUCCACAACCCAUCAUAAAAGAAAGACAAUGAACGAUUUUGACUAUUUGAAACUACUAGGUAAAGGCACAUUUGGGAAAGUGAUUUUGGUUCGAGAGAAGGCAAGUGGAAAAUACUAUGCUAUGAAGAUUCUGAAGAAAGAAGUCAUUAUUGCAAAGGAUGAAGUGGCUCACACUCUUACUGAAAGCAGAGUGCUAAAGAACACCAGGCAUCCGUUUCUAACAUCCUUGAAAUAUUCCUUCCAGACAAAAGACCGUUUGUGUUUUGUGAUGGAAUAUGUUAAUGGAGGAGAGCUGUUUUUCCAUUUGUCGAGAGAGCGGGUGUUCUCUGAGGACCGAACACGUUUCUAUGGUGCAGAAAUUGUCUCUGCUUUGGACUAUCUACAUUCUGGAAAGAUUGUGUACCGUGAUCUCAAGUUGGAGAACUUGAUGCUAGAUAAGGAUGGCCAUAUAAAGAUUACGGAUUUUGGACUUUGCAAAGAAGGGAUCACAGAUGCAGCUACCAUGAAGACUUUCUGUGGUACACCAGAGUAUCUGGCGCCAGAGGUAUUAGAAGAUAAUGACUAUGGCCGAGCCGUGGACUGGUGGGGCCUAGGUGUUGUCAUGUAUGAAAUGAUGUGUGGGAGGUUACCUUUCUACAACCAGGAUCAUGAGAAACUCUUUGAAUUAAUACUAAUGGAAGACAUUAAAUUCCCCCGAACACUCUCUUCAGAUGCAAAAUCAUUGCUUUCAGGGCUCUUGAUAAAGGAUCCAAAUAAACGCCUUGGUGGAGGGCCAGAUGAUGCAAAAGAAAUCAUGAGGCAUAGUUUUUUUUCUGGAGUAAACUGGCAAGAUGUAUACGACAAAAAGCUUGUACCUCCUUUUAAGCCUCAAGUAACAUCUGAAACAGACACCAGAUAUUUUGAUGAAGAAUUUACAGCUCAGACUAUUACAAUAACACCACCUGAGAAGUAUGACGACGAUGGCAUGGAUGGCAUGGACAACGAGCGGCGGCCACACUUUCCUCAGUUCUCCUACUCAGCAAGUGGACGGGAAUAAGUCCCUUUCAGUCUCUACACUGUCAUCUUAGACUCGGCCACCGAGAAUGAUCCUGGACAUCUCCACCAGUCCUCGCUCUUACAGUUAGCAGGGCACCUUCUGACAUCCCUGACCAGCCAGGGUCUUCACCCUCACCACCUCUCACCACAUGAAACCAUAUACACAGACACUCCAGUUUUGUUUUUGCAUGAAAUUGUAUCUCAGUCCAAGGUCCCAUGCUGUUGCUGCUACUGUCUUACUAUCAUAGCAACCUUCAGAAGGAAUUCUACAAUCUUUGGGAGUCAUGAGCCCAUCGUUCAUUUGUGCAUCAAGUGUCAUCUGCUUUUGGUUUUUGGUUUUCCCUAGCAGUGAAGGCUGAAUGAGACACACUGAUUCUAGGUACAUUUUUAACUUUCUAGGAGAUAAAUCAAGAACUAAUUAGACUAAGAAGAUUUAGUUUAUAUUUCUGAACAAGCAGUUGUUGAAGGGUGGUGGUGUGUGUAUGUAAGAGUUUAGCAACGCAUGUCUGACCAGCACAUGAAGUGUGUAUCACUGACAUUUGGCUGGAAAUCCUUAGGAAACAUUGAGAGGACUGAAGGGCCAAUGAGAUACACAUGUUUCUUAAUUCCUGCUGGCUAUUGUGGAAGAAGCCCAGAUUUCAAGAGCAAAUGGACAUUGUUUCAACCAAGUCCUGAAGGUGCAGAGUCACCGAGAGUCUUAGGACCUACUUUGUACCAGAGAGUAUUUCCCCUGGGCUUGGCAACCUUUUCCCUUUCUUGAUAUUUAUCACCUCUGAUGGCUGAAGAAUGUAGACAGUAUAAUGAUCCUGCUGUCGCCAAAUCUAUACACCAAGGUGAACAGGUGUUUGCCUUACCAGUUCUGAAGUUUUUACUUUCAGUUAUAGGUAAAUUAGCUUUUUCUCAGAUGUUAAAACUUUGAAUGUCCUUUAUGGUUUUGUUUAUAUUACAGUAGUAUUUAUUUUUUAGUGAUAAGAAUUGUGUUGUCAUGUUAGCAAGCGCAGCUCCAAUUCACAGGUCAUUGCCUGCGUUUUCUUUUGACCCAUAUGCAAGGAAUGUACACACCUAUUAGAAUCAUGCACUUUUUCUCCUAUGUUAAAAAUAAUGGUAAGGCUCUGGGACUGUAUCUGUUGGUUAGAAUCUGGUUAGAAUCUUUGGGAGAAGAGAUGCUGUAAUUUAACCCCUUGGAGCUGAAAUGAGAAAAUCCCCAACACCAGUGCCAAGGGCGUGGUGGGGCAAAUGGAUGUUGAUGGUGGUUCAUGUGAGUGGGUGUGAGAGGAUAGCCUGGCAUAAAGUAAUGGAGAAAGCUGAGACCCAGUGAUGAGAAGUGAACUCUGCUCGGCAAAAUGAACACAUCACAAACAUUCCCACAGUAGGAAGUAAAGGAUAAGACGCUGAUGUGUUUCUUCUUAUCAAGGUACAUUCAUUACUGAAUCAAGCCAUCAGGGAAAACAACAAAACAAACACCUCUAGCUUUUAUUUUUCUGUACAUACUCAUGUCUCCCAACCCAAACAUUUCUCACUGAGAGGGGACAUGUAUGCAAACCUCAUUUUUCUCCUUCAUUAAUGAUGAUCUUCAGAUUAAACCCUUUGGUGCUAGGAGCUGACACUUUCCAAAGCAGACUAUGAAGUCCAAGGAUCAAAGCCUAUCUUGCAGCAAGCAAGAGGGAACUGCUCCAAGGAGUGAUCGUGGAACUGGAUUCCAGUUACUACCUGACAGCUCCCAAAUGGAAGACUACAGUGUGACAGUGUUACUGCAUUGUCUUUUGAGUAGGAGGUCGUGUUCUCAUGCAGGUGUCUUGGCCUCUAGGCUCAGACUUAGGGAAGCAGAGCCGCUGCUGGCAGUGGCUGGCCGCUGGGACUGCUGGGUGUUAAGGGCCUUUUCCUGAGGCAGCUAAGACAGACGUAGACUUUGUCCUAAGUUUUCAUGUUUCUACCUGGGUGAGUUUACCCUUAGUAGGAAGUAGGAAGUUAAACAGAUGUACAUUCUUAUAUCUGCAGCCUUCUUUCUUCCACCAUAGAAGUAUGUUGAAUGUUUCACAUCGACAAGAAAGUAGAUUAGAGGGUAUGUCCUUUAAGUUUCUUUGCAUCCAUUCUGUAAGAAAGAAGUAGGAGAGGAAGAAAAGCAAGCUGAGCCUGGCUGAUGUGCAGAGCAUUUACUCCCUCCGGGAGCACACUGUACACUAAGCACACAGCUGCUUUUGUUUGUCUCUCCUUCCAAGUCUUAGGGUAAUUUCAUGACCUUGGCCAAGGAUACUUUGUGAAGAUUAAUGAGGGGACAUUGACAAUGCCUCAGGCUGGCCACUCCUCACACCUGGCCCUUGGUCCACAGCCAUUCAAGGGUUACUCAUCCCAUCCUUGACUCCCUGAGUGUCACCGCAGGUGGGUUCAAGAAUUCUUCCCUUACACCCUCCACCAGAUGUCAGUGAACCGGCGGAGGUAGAUCAGAGGUGUGGAGAGGGGACUCUAAAAUCUUAUGUCGCCUAGACCUACGGCUUAGGGUUCUGGCAGUUGAAAUGGCCUGAAACCUGGCAUCGUCAUGUCCGGAUGCAGCUCUAGCUUUGUGAGUCCAGCUCCUACCAACUCCACCUUGACCCCUUGUCUCCACGCAGGGCUGUCUGGGAGGAAACUGGCCACUUCUACUCAGACUGCUGCCAGCGUUCACACAGCUUUGCUCUCUACACUCAUGACCUAGAUUAUUCCAGUAUUGUUUCCAUUUCCCACCUGACCUCCAGCUUUUCAGAGCUGACUUCUUGCAGGGGCCACGUGCUUCUCUUUCCUCACUAACUGCAGGGUCUCCACCACACCUCAGUGUCCACACUUUGCUGCUACCGUCUGUACUGUCUACGUCACAGUCCCCUUAGCUUGCUCCUGGUAGUGCAUUACAGGCAAGCAUGAAAUGUAAAGUAUUUAUUUAAAUAAAAAGGAAACCUCUGAAUUGGUCAUCGAGUCACCUCCCUGUAGAUUCGUAGUCUGACAUAUUCUGACUUUCUAGUUCUUCUGCUAGAUCCAUACAAGAUCUGGUCAUCUGGUUAAGGGUUUGAAGCACACACAGCUGUGAACCCGGAUGCUAUCCUCACUGUCACGGCUGGCCACACUACAGAUGUUUGUGUCCUUACGUUUAUGACCCACAGGGUGUGCAGUAACUACCAAGAACCUGAUUUUUGUACACUGUCCACCCUCAGUAUCUCACGCUCUCUGACAGGGACAUUACUUCCUUCGUACAGACAGCUUAAAUAAAGCCCUGUGUCAAUCUGCUGCUUCUCUGUUUGUUGUUGUUGGAUAUGGCUCUGUAAUUUCAGAAAACUAAAUUUCCUUCUUUUCUGGAAUAAUGAUUAUAGCCCCAGCAGUUAUUAACCAACCAUGUAUGAAGGUGUGAUAGGAAAAGAGAUAAACUCCUCUUACAUAAAACACAUACAGGGUGUUUUUACUUAACCAAAAUUCCAAUGGCAUGCUUGUUCAAACCAGUAAAGGGCUAGGAGUGCAGUCACUGGCCACCAGCAGUAGAUUUUAAGGCACGUCUACUAGGAUGCCAGAGAAAGAGUAGGUUGCAGACCCUAAAGGUCUUAAUAAGAAAGGGUGUGGGCCCAGACUUCUCAAGGAAUGCAGCUUAUCACUAAUGUCUUCCUGAUAACACACACACUGCUCUGCACACUUCAGGCAAGUGUAUCUUUAACCCUUCAUGUCAGUUUGACUUAGACUUGAGUAAUUGAUGGCUAGAAUGUCUGAUUACAUUGUUUUGGACGCGGUGUCUUUCUGAUUUUUACCUCAUAAGCUACAAUUGUAGAACUUGGCUUUGCUCUUGUGAGUUCAACCGAGAGAGGAAUGACUUUUGGGACCAGUUAGUCAGGCAUGCAUGUAUAUUUCUCACAGCCAAAUUUGGGGACAUUCUUACAUGUGCUGUCCUCAAAAUCAACUGGGGUUGGCAGAUCCACGAGGCUGAAAUAAAGUGACCUCUACAACUCUCUAAAGGUGCUAUUUUUAGAAUAUUGUAUAAUUUAUUCCUGGUAUACAUAAAACAGAAUUGAGGACAGUUAAAACCUGUGACAGCUUUAUGUCUAGCACAUUUGAUGAAACCAGCAACUUCUGACUCAGAAGUUCUGCUGUUCUAGGCUUGCACCUUUGACACGCCCCAGAGAUGAGGAUGGCCCAUGCACCGUCAUGCUGCCACCACUCCAUGGCCUAAGCUGCAUGUUUGUGAGGGGCAGGCUGAGCAUGUGGACACCAGGCCUCAGCUGAGAGCCCUGGGCUGCUGGCAGGGAGAGGUGAGGUCUCACAUGCAGGCUUGCCCUUAGUGUUUCAGCCCUCCCUCAGACUUCAUGACCAUCUCAGCAGCCAGGCUGUAUUUCCAUCUGUCCCUUUGCUUUUGUUUUUGUUUUGUUUUGUUUUGUUUUGUUUUCAUUUGUUUUGUGGUGCUGGGGAAGGAACCCAGGGCCUCACACAUGCUGGGCAAAUGCUCUGCCACUGAGCUACACCCCAGACCUUCCAGUGUCCGUUUGUAUUCCUUUGAAGCAUUUGAGGGCUUGACUGUAUAGUAGAAAUACUAUUUUAGACUAAGAAUAUGAUCUGUGUACAGAUAUUUGAUAUACUGUUAAGUAAAUUUUCUAAUUUCACAUACAUUUGUUUUUAGGCUCCUCUCAAAUACUGCUAUUGAAGACAAAAAUAUGACACCAUCGAGCCAAAGAUGCCUUUUGGGGGGGAGGGGGAGGGGUUUGCUUUGUGUUGUUCAGAGAAUGGGAAGAAUAAUGCAGAGUGCUUCCUGAGUGCACACAGUUCAAUGGGAAACGCUGGAUGCUGGCUAAAGGUAGACAUGGGCAUGAGGGGGAAGAGACGGUGACGGCAGGAGGAGAGGUGGUCUUCAGUACACCUUGGCUGACUUCAAACAUGUGCCUUUCAGUGUGUUUUGUCAUUGCUACAAAAUGAAAAGGAAACGGAACAACUCAAGUCUUUAGAAAGGUCAUUUUAUUAACCCCUGUGCAUACUUUAGAGACAACGUGGCUUGAUGCUGUUCUGAGCACACACUCCCAACUAGCCCUAGCCAGUUGAUGCUGAAGCACUCGGUGUCUGUAGCACAGGGACAGACCAUGGCAUGAGGACCAGCCCCCCUGCAGUCCCCGGUGGUGUCUCCCUGGGGAGGUUUCGGUGCACUGUGGCACAUUAAGUACAAAUCAGAUGAAUGUAAAUAUCUCUUUGUAAAUCAUUUAUUUCACUCUGUUUCAUCCAGGUCAGCAAUCAGAUUGUGGCAUGCUGGGUAACUGGAAAAAAAUGAUAAUAAAAAGUAAGUUUAAAUAGA